CUUGCGGUCUGGUUGUAUUAAUCCCAAUCGAUCAAACCGACAAAUUCUUGGUCCAAUCAAUAUCAAAUACAAAGGUUAUUAUUACGUGAGUAGAAAGGCGUUGUUUUUCGAUACAAAGCAUAUUUUACGAGGAAUGAAAAUACUUAGUCUUCUCUAAAAAAAUAAAAAAAGCAUUAUGAAAGCGACACAUGUAUUAUCAAGAACUUGGGCGAAAGCGAGAGCUAGUGAUUGUUUUAGCAAACUAAGCAAAAAAAAUAAUUACCGUUCGAGAGCAGCUUACAAGCUAAUUGAUUUGAACAGAAAACACCAUAUUUUCAAUGAAGGUGACACAGUCAUCGACUUGGGAUUUGCACCAGGGUCAUGGUCUCAAGUUGCAUUAAAAGCGGUCGGACCUUACGGAAUGGUAAUUGGCGUCGAUGUUCGAUUCGUUAAUCCGCCGCAAGGAGUCCAUGCCAUCAUUGGAGAUGUAAAGAACAAUGUGACAGUUAAUGGAGUAUAUCAGCUUCUAAAAAAGCAUUACGGUAACACUCAAAAUAAUCAGUGUGAUGUUGUUAUAAGUGAUAUGUUUCAUAAUGCUACUGGUAUACCUUUUAGAGACCAUACUAUAUCAAUAUCACUUUGUAGGGCGGCACUAGAAUUCUCAGAACAUGUUUUACGAUCAAAAGGAAUCCUCAUUUGCAAAUAUUAUAAAGGUAUCGAGGAAAAUCGGUUCUUUAAAGAAUUACAAAGCCACUUUCGUGAAGUCAUUAGAGCAAAACCGAAAGCUUCAAGAAAAGAAUCGAAAGAAAAUUAUUUUGUUUGCUUAGACAAACAGAAGAUGUAACGGUUUUAAAGAUUUAUGCUUCGUUAUCCGUUGUUGAUGUUUUCUUUUCCAGACGCCGUUGUAUCUUUAACCGUAGGGAUUCGAUGGAUUUUUUUGUAGCUUCCAGAUCUUCUUCAAGAUUAGCAGUACCGUUAUUUUUUAAUAA